CGACCUUUUUCAGCACCGUCGCUAACGCCGCCUGUAGUCCGUCGUCAUCACAUAAACCUUCAACGCCGUUGGUUGCUCUUCACUCACUCGAUUAAUCCCUCACAGUCACAGGAUUCUCAUCUGAGAAGCUAUGGGUUGGAAAGCUGCUGAGAAGCUCAUCAGACACUGGAAGAUACUUCGAGGAGAUAAUGUAAUGAUAAUUCGAGGGAAAGAUAAGGGUGAGACUGGAACCAUUAAGCGUGUCAUCAGAUCCCAGAACCGUGUCAUUGUUGAAGGAAAGAAUCUGAUCAAGAAGCAUAUAAAGGGAGGCCCUGAUCAUGAAGGAGGGAUUUUCACGGUGGAGGCUCCUCUUCACGCCUCUAAUGUCCAAGUUGUUGAUCCUGUCACUGGGAGGCCUUGCAAGGUUGGUGUAAAGUACCUAGAGGAUGGUACAAAAGUAAGAGUUGCCAGAGGCACAGGCACCUCUGGUUCCAUAAUCCCUCGUCCAGAGAUUCUGAAGAUAAGGACUACUCCAAGACCCACUACCGCUGGACCUAAGGACACGCCAAUGGAGUUUGUUUGGGAGCAGACAUAUGAUGCUAAAACAGGAAAGGGCAUGCCUGAUCUUUGAGUCACCUACCUUCUUUUACUGUUUCUUUCUAAAAAAAAAUGUUGCUGCUCCCAAAAAGAUUAUUUUCCCCCAUCCAUUAAUGUUUGUUUAGGUUCAAGAUCUGUGAGAUGGAGUUAUGUUGAAGAAGCUGAUGAAGUUUUAUUCUUGUUUCUUUACAACUCUUGUGAACUUUUUAAGGUGCCAAAUAAAAACAUUGGGAGAAA